GUUGUAAACAAUGAGACUAUUCCAGACCGUCUCCAGCUUUGUGUCUGUCCAACACUUCACCUGUGUAAAGUAACCGCGGGUUCCUACUCAUCUGCGCCGUUUCAAGAAAGAUGUCACUCGGGAGCUGAAGCAUGGAGGCGGUUAUGAGCAGGCUGGGGGGGCUAAGUGGCGAUGAACUGCGUGAGGAGUUUGCCCGAGCUGGCGUUAAGUGCGGCCCCAUCACAGCCACCACCCGAGCCACCUUUGAGAGGAAGUUAGCCCGAGUCCUGGCCGGGCCAGAGAGCAGUGUCACUGAAUUAGACAAUGGCUCUUCAGCAGACGUUUCGGUUGGUGCAGCCUCGCUUGCAGAUCAUGUCAACCCUGUGGCCCGUGGUACUGCUGCAGUUGCACCUACCACUGCUGCACCAAGCAGCAGCUCCUCUAAUCCUGCCAGCGAAGAGAUGGACUUUGGUUAUGGUGUAGGUCUCAACCCUCCAGAUGAAGAGGAGAUCUCAGUAAAGACAACGGCCAACAGCUCUGCUGAAGGCAGUAACUCUCAAUCCAAAACAGAAACCCCUUCAAAGCUCGCACAAGUGUCCCCAACCUUUUAUUAUGGAGUAUGUCCACUCUGGGAGGAUGUUUUGUCGAGAAAUGAGGGACCACAUGUAUACACAGAUAAGAAAGACACUCUUCAAGCUGUAAAGUUGAUGAAAGGAGCACGAUUCAAAGCCUUUCCCUUCCGAGAGGAUGCUGAGAAGUUCGCAGAGGGGAUCUGCGACUAUUUCCCCUCUCCCAGCAAAUCUGCACCCUGUGUGUCUCCUGUCAAACCAGGCCUGGUCCUUAGUAGAGAAAACAUGGGGGUUGAUACCAUCAACCGGGAGCGGGCCAACAGUUUUAAGAGCCCGCGCACCCAGGACCUAAAUGCCAAACUGAGGAAAGCUGUGGAGAAGGGCGACGAGGUCGCCUUUGGCGAUCUGGUCUGGAGCAACCCGCGCUAUCUCAUUGGCUCAGGGGAUAAUCCCACUAUUGUGCAGGAGGGCUGUCGGUACAACGUCAUGCAUGUGGCGGCCAAGGAGAACCAGGCGGGAAUCGCCCAGCUGCUGCUGGACACCUUGGAGAACCCAGAGUUCAUGCGCCUCAUGUACCCAGACGACCAGGAAGUCAUGCUGCAGAAACGUGUCCGCUACAUUGUAGAUCUUUACCUCAACACUCCAGAUAAGGCUGGGUUUGAAACACCACUUCACUUUGCCUGUAAGUUUGGGUGCCCAGAUGUGGUCAACGUUCUGUGUUCGCAUCCUGACAUCGAAAAGAACAGUAAGAACAAGGACGGCCAGAGGCCUUGUGAUCUUAUUUGUAGCAGAAAGAAUAAAACCCAAGAAGUGAAGCAGAAGAUAAGUGACUUUUUGGAGGAUCGCUGCUACAUCCCUUUGUUAAGGGCAACUGACAACACCUCUCAGCCCAUCAUCGGGGCUUCGUGGUCACCUGAGUCCUCGGAAAAUCUCUCGCUGAUCCAGAGGCACACAAGAAGCCCGAAGGAUCCACUGAUGACAGUCACAGCCUUUGCUGGCCCACUGAGUCCGUCUAAAGCAAAUGACUUUCGCCGCUCCUGGAAGACGCCGCCCCGAGACCGACGCGACCUUUUCCAAAACAUCCUCAAGUCUGAUCCUGACCGUGGGGCAGAGAGAGUGGGCAGAGACCUGGCUCAUGGGAUGGGUCAUCCAUGGGCUGAGUACUGGGACUUCCUGGGAAGUUUUGUGGAUCUGUCAUCGCCAGAGGGGCUCCAACAGCUGGAAGAGUUUCUGGGCAAGAAGGAUUUCAGCCCACGUGGUCAUGACGACGCUGGAGAGAAUGAGACCAGCAACAGGUUCAAAAGCCCCUCUCCAGGUAAACCCAAAAAGUUCUGCAACUCCGUCUCUGUCGGUGCCUUCCUGGACGAGGGUGAUGACAUCAGCCUGGAGGAGAUGAAGAACCGGCAGAAUGCAGCACUCACCAGCAUCACCUCCUCUGCAUCCAAGGACGGCCUGAAGGGAGCCGUGGGCGGCCACGAGUUCCACAUUCUGCCCAUUCCGCUGCACCACCGCGGGGCUGAUCUGAUCGAAACCGCGGCCGAGCAGGACCUGCUGUGCUGCUGCGACGACGUACUACUGUCGCCCGGUGUUGUCUGCAAAAAUAGGGUGUGCUCCUCCUCCUCCAGAGACCAGACUCACAAUGGAGACAAGGUGUCUCCCCGCACCUCUCCUUCCUCCUGCCGGCUGUCGCCCAUCUCCAACCUCACGGUGGAGUUUGAGCGUAUGUCACAGCAAGAGCCACUGGACAGCCUCUCCAGCAGCAGGGAGAGGAGGAGCAGUGGCGGCAGCCGGCACAGGGACUCCCGGGACGCCUUCAGCUCCUCCUCAGCCAUAGACAUGAAUUCUGGGCUGAACCGCCUGUCUCUUAGUCACAGCAUUCAGGACAGCGAGGCCUUGGAAGGCCCAAGCUGGAGAACAGAGGGAGAGGGGACGGAGGAGAGGCGCAGCAGCGGCAGCUCAGAGGAGUACUUUGAAGCAGAGGAGGGUCUGGAGGUACUGGGCAGGACUACGGGGUCAGUGACUGGGGGACGCAACUUCUGUGCUAGGUCCAAGUCAUGGGACCAUGGGGGGAGAGACCUGAGCAGCUCUGGGUCUUCUGGGUCCUCCUAUAAGUCCUUGGAUAACUCCCAUGAGUUCCUACCCAGGACUCCACCUCACAUUCGAAGCGGACUUUUCAUUGAUGGGGAUUCACCAACCAAGCUAGACCGAGAGGUCUUGUCAGCAAUAGACGGCAUAGACGUCGAUCCUCUGAAGUAUCCCAGCAUUCAUAAGUGGAAGAGCACAAUGACGUCAUACUCUGCAUCAGACAGGCAGUGCUGGCCCAGCCCUGCGGUGGUAAAACCACGACUCAGGAUGCAUCAUCAGACUCCCGGCUCCCCAGUCAGCGACCUGAUGUCUCCCAGCGGCCGCUUCAGUCCCGCCCGGCACGCAGCCUCGCCGGACUUCAGUCCCAGCCGCUACAGCCCUGUCAAUGCUAGCUACAUCCAGCGCAUCCGCCUCAAGCACUUAAACGAGCCAUCGAUUUAGCUGCCCACCCUGUCCCUCCCUCCGCCUCCUACCACUACGGCCAUAACCCCUCCCCCCACCCCCCUUCCCCACCACAAAUCCAGCUGCACCAAGGUGGCUCCUCCACAGCUCAGAAACCACAUACCUAACAGAAAUAUGCACAAGUGUCUGGAAAAUUUGUAUUAAUGAUGUAUCUUACUACUACUAUGUAAUACAGGAACUCUCAUCACGUUGGGUUGUGAUGUACACUCAAGAAUGAAAAAAAUUAAACCUUGAUCUUUUAUGUACUGUAAGGGAGUGACCAUGUUGCGUUGACGUUAAAGUUAUUUGUGGCAAGAGUGAAGCACCUGUAGUCGACCUUUUUGAAUAUCACAAAGUCCGGCCGCACUUCCCAAAGUUAGUGGGUCUAUAGAACCUUAGUGUGGAGUCCUUAACCAGGAUUCUGGGACUGAAGAUGUUCUUAAAGAGAAAAAAAAAAGUUAAAUGUCAAAUAUUUUAAAAAUUAUUUUUUUGUAUGUUGGUCAGUAGCACAAAAGUUAAAUGUUUUUAUCAAAGGUAUUGAAACCGACUGCCAUUUCCUAUGUUUAAUCUCAGUUCAGGAAUUGCCUUAAUUUUCUGAAGUGACAGUUUGUGUCAGUCACAGACGAUUAUGGCAAACAUGGAGAAAAGACUGAGAUCUUCCAUGUUUUUAAUUUGUUCUUCAAUAAAUGCAUACAGUUUCUA